AUUCGCCGGAUCGCCGGUCUUCCAGCGCCAAACUCACCUUCAACCUCUUUAUAUACUACGACAGGCUCAACCCAAGAGGCAUCAUGUAGCGUCGUCGUGCCCUACGACUUUACGUCGCCACAUCAAUUCCCGACGGCACAACAGCAGCUCCCGUACCUAGACGAUUUAUCCGAAUGGAAGCAGAAUUUUUUUAUUUUUUAUUUAGGAAGCUCAGAUUCCAAGUAUGUAGCGAUAUAAAGAGACUGAUCUCUCCGGCGAAAAUCCCAUACUUGUGAAUUUGAACAACCCGAUCGUAUAUAUUCAAUUAUCUCGCUACCGUAUCAAGAACUAGAAGCUACUGUUGGAACGAUGUCAGCAAAUACGAAAACCUCGCCGGGUCGCCUACUGCGCUUAAGCUUGCAGAUUUACGCCAACCGUAAUAAUACGCGCGAGCAGAAUGAAGCGUUCGUGCGUGAGUACUUAGUUAAGGUAGCGACUAUUCAUGCGAGGAACGGGAUUGAGAUGUACCAGCAGGUCUUCUCACCCACACCGCUGCGUAAGGCGCUAGAUGAGAUGAAUAGGAAGUCAAAUAGGGGAUGGGUUGUUGAUGACCAUGACCUUACGGUAGAAUUCUACUUCCGCAAUUUCGCCGCGCUUGAGAAAGUACGCCACGACCCGGAGUUCACCGCGCUGCAAGCCACCGAGGGUCCCUUUGUGAAUUCGGUGCAUACGGUCGCGUCACUUGGGUGGGUGGAGAAGUACGUUGACAGUGGGGAGGUCGUGAAUGUGCAGGGCGGGAAGUCGGUUUAUCCUGGUUGGGCGGAGAUGGAGGAUUUGUCGACUGCGUAGCCGGGCGUUGGGUAUAUGUAACCCUAAAUUGGCGGGCUGAAUAGACUAGGUUGAGGUUGAAUAACUACCUAGAUUUGUUAGUGGGGGCUUUUUUCUACGUUCAAUACGUGACCUUCAACCCCGAAUAGAUGUUCACAAUGAUAAUUUAGGGGAACCAGACACGUUAAUUGAAUUAUUAUACCUUAGGUACUUAGGUACCUAAGAAUGCUUCUUAAAGCACGGCCAUGCUGUGCCUGCUGACUCAACGCAGCAUUGUGUAUAGUGCGUGCAGAAAUUCUGGGCGGGGUUGAUGUAAGCUUCAAAAUUUCGAGGCAACGCGAUUACCUAUCUAAAGGCGUUUGCAUCCGCGACUACCGUCUAACCAAAACUACGGUAUU